AUGGCUGUCUCCGCGUUCGACUCUCGCAUCUUCCGCAACCUAUUCGGAACACAGGAAAUCCGCGAUGUUUUUACGGACGAGGCUUAUGUACGCUCUCUGAUUGAGGUUGAAGCUGCUCUAGCGCGCGCCGAAGCAGCGGCUGGUGUCAUUCCUGCCGAUGCAGGCAAAGCGAUUACCGAUACUUUUGCAAGCCUUGAGAUUGACUAUGAGCGCCUCGCAAGAGACACAGAUAUUGUCGGGUAUCCCGUCCUCCCCUUGGUUCUGCAAUUGGUCGAAGGAACACCCGAAGAAACAGCGAAGUAUAUCCACUGGGGCGCAACAACACAGGACAUCCAAGACGAUGCUUCCAUGCUUCAGAUCAAACGGGGUGUCGCGCUAGUAAGGAGAGAGCUGGAAACCCUGAAGGGGGUUCUCAAAGGCCUUGCAGCCACCCACCGUGACACUCCAAUGGCAGGCCGAACACAUUUACAGCAUGCCCUCCCUAAUACAUUCGGAUACAAGUGUGCCGUAUACCUCUCCAGUGUCAUCCGACACCUUGAACGCAUUGGGGAAAUUGAGCAGCGAUGUCUGCUUGUUCAAUUCGGAGGUGCAGCGGGCACAAUAGCUUCAUUGGGUGAAGAUGAUACCGGUCUUCGGGUCCGCGAAAACCUUGCAGCAGAGCUUGGACUUAAGAACCCGGACAUCACCUGGCACGUUGCGCGGGAUAACAUCGCGGAGAUCCUCAACUUCCUCGCGCUUGUUGGUGGCACAUUGGGGAAGAUUGCAUUGGAUGUGAUGAUCAUGUCCUCUAAUGAAUUUGACGAGGUUUCAGAGCCCUUUGUGCCCCACAGAGGUGCCUCGUCCACAAUGCCACAAAAGCGUAAUCCAAUUUCCAGUGAGGUCAUUUUGGCUGCAUCGAAGAUGCUACGCGUGAAUGCAUCUCUAGGACUGGAUGCAAUGGUAACGGAUUUUGAGCGCGCAUCUGGACCAUGGCAUUUGGAAUGGGUGGCUAUUCCGGAGGCUUUCGUGACUGCAGUGGGUGCUUUGCACCAGACGAACUUCGCUCUCGGGGGCUUGGUAGUGAAGAUCGACUCGAUGAAACGCAACUUGUAUUCCACCAAGGGAUUGAUUGUGGGCGAGGCUGUUAUGAUGGGAUUGGCGCGGCAGCUGGGACGACAGGGGGCUCAUGAUUUGGUUUAUGAGGCUUGCAAGUCUGCUAUCGAACAAGACAAGACUUUGCUUGAGGUUCUCGAGGCGGUGCCCUCGUUGAAUGGAAUCUUAACGAGGGAACAGCUCGUCGCUUUCUGUGACCCUUUUAAAUAUAUGGGGGCAAGCGGGCUAAUGGUUGAUGAGAUGGUGAGACGUGCAACUUGA